ACAUACCAGUACAAUUCACGUUUGUUUAUUGUUAUACCCUUUUGAUGAUUCAUUAAAAAAGAAAACUUCUUUUGUGGGUUGUUGGAGUCAGUUUUGUUGUGAAUUUUUGUGUACAAAGUGUAAAAAUGCCAAUUCUUCACUUGAUUAGAUAAAUAGAGAUUUAUGUUCAGUUUUCCUGGCAUACCCAUCUGAUGAUUCAUCAGAAGAACUCAAGAAGUGUCUGAUUCUUGUUGUGGGUAUCCCAUAGCCGAAGUUAGUAGUGUUGUAGAUAGUUGAAGAAGUAUUUAAGGCUAGGUUUAAUUGACUGGACUAAUAAAUGAUCCCAUAGGAUGAGAAACCCAAUCGAUCAAUUACAAAGGGGGAACCACGUCAUCCAAGGUAUUGUAUCCAUUGGGUGUUUACUCUUACAAAAGUUUCGACCAAACGGGGCUAUGUGGUCGCCUUGGAUAUAUAAUCCGAUUUGAUGCAUUAAUCAGGGCACAAAAGGGGCGUAAAAUGAUAAUUCCCCACUUGAUUAGGUAUAUUGGCAAUUUUUUAGGUUUUCCUGCCAAACCCUUUUGAUGAUUCAUUAGAAAACUCAAGAAGUGUCUGAUUCUUGUAGUGGGUAGCAAAGUAAGUUCUGUUGUGUGAUCAUCUUCCCACCUAGGGUCAUCCCACUCCUGGGCAUGCCACCCACGGCCACUCUACUCAUCAUCAUCCCAUGCAUGGACCGACUCAUUCCACUCCUGGGCAUCCAACCCCUCGGCAUCAACCCAAUUCUUCAAAUUCUCGGAGAUUCUUAUAUGUGAAAUUGGAGGAUCAAAAGCGGGCAAUUGUGAGCAGGUUGCUUCAAUAUUCACUUGUGCAUGAAGUUUUGGGAAUCCCGUUUAAUGAAAUAAUCAUCAAACGCACUCUAGAGGGAAAACCCUAUCUGGAACAUAAUAAAGUGGACCAUGAAUUCCCAAAUUUCAACUUUAAUGCAUCCCACCAUGGUGACUACGUGGCGAUAGCUUCAGAACCUUUGUGCAUUGUUGGCUUGGAUAUUGUUUCCCAUUCCAUACCUGGGAAAGAGACAAUUCCAGAAUUUAUUCAGAUUUUUUGCUCAUAUUUCUCCAGACUGGAAUGGGAUAGCAUUAUGAAUGCUGGCAGUUGUGAUGAUAUGUUAAAUGAGUUCUACAGGUAUUGGUGUGUAAAGGAAGCAUUUGUCAAGGCCAUAGGAACUGGAGUAGGGUAUGGAUUGGAUUCCGUGGAAUUUCAUCACACUAGGUGGACCAACAUAUUUGUUAAACUUGAUGGAAAGGAGUUAAAAGAGUGGAGAUUUUGGCUUUAUGAGCUGGGCAAAAGGCAUAUGGUCUCUAUUGCCAAGGGUCACCCGAAUAAUGCCACUGAGACUUACAAGAGAACACUGAAAAGGACAGAGUUCGACGAAGAGCACUACCAUUUGGGUCUUCAUCUUCCGAAUGUAAGUUUUGUGCAGCGAACCGUGGAACAACUCAUUCCAGUCUCCUCUAAAUCCCAUGGUGUAAACUUAGGACAAUAACAUGAUGCACAUGAAGUAGCAAACAGCGAGUCAUGACUUAAUAGAGUUAAUUUACGGAAUAAAAUGCAACAGUUUCUUCAAAUAAGGUACAUGGUACUCUGCCACCAUUUUACCUAUAUGGAAGAUAAUUCUUUAAGUAAUUCUCUUUUAUAGUUUUUCUAAAGUGACACCAGGAAGCACCCCUCCCUACUUGAAGACAGCAUAGCUGUAAUUUCCUUCUUGGAUGAAUGAGAUGUCUGUUAACUUUCCCCUCAUGCGAAAGGAAAAGGGAUAUAGAAAACUCUAGUGGCCAAAGGUGGAGCAAAGGAAGGCUGCAACUUGGAUGUGAGAUGUACUUAGCUGAUGUGAGGAACGUAAUCACAACAGGUUUUGUAUGAGAGCUUGUAACAUGUUUUCAUGUUGAAGAUGCUUUUCAUUUGUUUCGACUGAAGAUAAAA